GCUUUCCCUGGAUGGUGCUUCUGUUUGUCUGGCUGGCUUUGCCCUGUGCUGUUCAGGGGACAGACGGCAGGACUCUGGGACCCGGCCUGUCCCCACGGCCCCGCCUCAAGCGCCAGCCGAGCCACGGGACAUGGACGCACUGGGGUGCAUGGAGUGCCUGCUCCAGCACCUGUGGAGAUGGAGCUUCAUUCCGGACCAGGCGGUGCAUCCGGUUUCCUGAGGAGGACAUGUGCAAAGGGAAGCCCCGGCAGUAUCGAAUCUGUGAACUGGAUGAUUGCCCCUCAGGAUCAACACCCUUCCGGGCCAUACAGUGCUCCCUCUACAACGGCAAGCCCAUCUUGGGGAGCCAGACACCAUAUCAAUGGGUCCCGUUUCACGGAGCGCCCAACCUCUGCGAUCUUAACUGUCUGGCGGUGGGACACAAUUUUUAUUACACCUUUGGAAGAGUUUUGGAUGGGACCCGCUGCAACCCCGAGUCUCAGGAUCUCUGCAUCACCGGUCAGUGUUUGAGAGCAGGUUGCGAUGGUAUUCUGGGCUCCGAUACCCAAGCCGAUGCCUGCGGUGUUUGCAACGGCAAGAAUGAGUCCUGCGUCUUUGUGCAGCAGGUGUUCCGGGUGGCGUUCCCCACCUCUGGCUUCUUUGGGUACAAGAAUGUGACCCGUAUCCCAGCAGGCGCAAGGAACAUCAAGGUGACGGAUCGCAGCCGCAACUACCUGGCUCUGAUGAAUGCAAACCAGCGUUACAUCAUCAACGGGGACUGGGCCAUCGACUGGCCAGGCGUGUACGAAGUGGCAGGCACCAAGGUGCACUAUGCUCGCACAGCAGACGUGCACGAGAGCUUUGAGGCCGCUGGGCCCACCCAGGAGGACUUGUCUGUGAUGGUUCUCUUCCAGGAGCACAACUCUGGCAUUGAAUAUCAGUUUUGGCUGCCGAGGGAGCAGUUCCGCCAGGUCCAGAGCGACGCCAGCCCCCUGCGGCAGCAACAGACCAGGGAAGUAGGGGGAAGCCCAGAGAGGGAACCCCAACAUUUCCCACAAGCUACAACAGCCCCACCCAUUCAAAAGGUCAGGGGUGCGGCCAAGAAGACUUCGCAAGAGGUGCCCGUGUCUGCUCCAGCCAGGAUCCCCAGCCAACCAGGGAGAUGCGGACGUUGUGAAACACCAAAAGGGAAAUCCCAGCGCAUUCUUCAUUACUGCCAGAGUGACUUUGUAUUCCGUGCUCGAAUCCUCGCCAAGCGCUACGUUGGCCUGGAGACCCGCUACGACGUCCAAGUGAAGCACACCUACCGCAACCGCUUCCCCAUCGUGCACCGGGAGUACAUCUGGGUCUCCAACACCUGCGACUGCCCCCUGCUGGCGGAGCAGCGCGAAUACAUCCUGAUGGCCCGCCGGCACGUCAAUUAUGAACACACCCUGAACCGCAUCCUGCUGCAGCGCAGCAGCUACGCCCGGCCCUGGUCGCCCCGGGAGGACUUGCAGCUGCGAGAUGUGGCGAAACACUGUCUGCCGAGCAGGUUGCUCUGA